AUGGAGGAUCCUCCCCCUGAAUAUGCGAACGGGUAUUACGAUGAAGCUGUAGAACAGCUCCGCGAGCGUGAAUAUCCCUCGCUUAAAGAUGUCACCUACCUCGACCACGCCGGCACAACUCUCUACGCAAAAUCCCUGAUUGAAUCCUUCUCGCGCGAUCUGACUUCGAAUCUUUUCGGCAAUCCCCACUCUGCCUCUGCGUCCUCCCAGCUGACCACGAAUCGCGUCGACGAUAUUCGGCUACGGGUUCUCCGCUUCUUCAACGCCGACCCGGAUGUCUACGACCUCGUCUUUGUGGCGAACGCGACGGCGGGGAUCAAGCUCGUGGCAGAUGCCCUGCGGGAUUAUGGUGAACGACGGUCCGGUUUCUGGUACGGCUACCAUGUCGAGUCCCAUACGAGUCUGGUCGGGGUGCGCGAGGUGGCCGAUGCGGGAAAUAAGUGCUUCAUGACGGACGACGAGGUCGAGAAGUGGAUUGCUGGGUUGGGUGAGGAUGCACCACCGACAUCGCCGGAAGACGAGACUCCGAAGCUCUUUGCCUACCCUGCUCAGUCAAAUAUGACAGGCCGCAGACUUCCUCUGAGAUGGUGUAAGGAGAUUUGUCAGGCUAGGAAGGGAAAUUGUUUCACUCUUCUUGAUGCUGCAGCGCUGAUAUCGACCGCGCCGUUGGACCUCGGCGAUCCUUGCCUCACCCCCGACUUCGUGGUCCUCAGCUUCUAUAAGAUAUUUGGUUUUCCUGACCUGGGAGCGUUGAUUGUCCGCAAGGAUUCGGGACAUGUCUUCCGCCGGCGGCGGUAUUUCGGCGGUGGUACAGUGGACAUGGUCAUCGCAUUGGGGACCCAAUGGCAUGCCAAAAAGGAGGUGUCGAUACACGAUCAGUUGGAAGAUGGUACUCUUCCAUUCCAUAAUAUCAUCGCUUUGGAUUCUGCACUGGAGGUGCACAAGCGAUUGUACGGCUCAAUGGCCAAUAUCUCGAGCCAUACCGGCCUUCUGGCCAACGAACUGUUCGAGCGUCUAUCCUCCCUCAAGCAUUACAAUGGUUCUCCGGUCUGUCAGUUAUAUACGUCGCCGUCCUCCUCGUAUACGGAUCGGUCGACGCAGGGUCCAAUCAUCGCUUUUAAUCUUCGGGAUAGUCGCGGGAACUGGGUUGGAAAGUCGGAAGUCGAGAAGCUUGCUUCGGUCAAGGGCAUCCACUUACGAUCUGGAACCCUCUGCAACCCAGGCGGUGCGGCCAGUCACCUCGGGCUAAAUGAUACUGAAAUGCUACAAAAUUUCAGCGCGGGCCAGCGCUGCGGAGACGAACACGACAUCAUGCAAGGGAAGCCAACGGGUGCUCUGCGAGUCAGCUUCGGGGCGAUGAGCAGCUGGGGAGAUGUAACGACAUUCAUCAACUUCAUUCAGGAAUUCUACGUUGACAAGGGCCCAGUCGUCGCGCCGGCACUUUCGACCCCUAUCGCAAACAGCAGAUUCUACGUUGAGAGUCUGUGUGUCUAUCCCAUCAAGAGCUGUGCCGGCUUUAAAGUGCCACAGGGGAUGUCCUGGCGGGUGAACCGAGAGGGCCUGGCAUGGGACCGAGAGUGGUGCCUCAUCCAUCAGGGGACAGGCGUGGCACUCAGUCAGAAGAGGUAUCCACGAAUGGCUCUGAUCCGGCCUUAUAUCGAUUUAGACCGAGGUGUCCUUCGAGUUACCUGCGGAGGCCUACUAUCCUCGACCGAGGAAGGGCACCUUGAGAUUUCUCUAGCCAGAGAUGACCCGGAGCUUGUCUCGGCUGAAAUGUGUCAGAAUUCCAUGCAAAAGUCCUCGACCGUCUGCGGAGACCGGGUGAUUGUGCAAGUGUACUCGUCUCCAGCGGUGUCGUCAUUCUUUUCCGAUUUCCUGGGAAUUCCCUGUACGCUGGCUCGACUUCCGCCACAGACCUUUACGCGUUAUUCCAAAGCCCAUCCUGCUGAGCGCCCUGUUCAUGAGAGACCGGACAUGUCCAUGCCUGGCUCGUUCCCAGAUGCUACAAGCUCGCGUGGGAAACCGCAACAGAAUCCUAUCUUGUUAUCCAACGAAAGUCCCAUCCUUCUGAUAUCGCGUUCGUCUGUGAACCGACUGAACGAAAGCAUCAAAGCCAACUCGAAGACGGGGACUGGUAUCAACAAAGCCGUUGCCGCAGACGUCUUCCGAGCCAACAUUGUCGUCGCAGAGAAUCUGUCCGCCACCACCGCUGCUUCCGGUGAGUGUAGCGGUGAACAGCCGUACAUCGAAGACAGCUGGACAUCGCUCCGCAUCGGCCCACACGGACUGGAAUUCGACGUUCUCGGCUCCUGUCGGCGAUGCCAGAUGGUCUGCAUCGACCAGCUGACGGCUGAGCGGCGCGAGGAGCCCUUUUCGACCCUGGCCAAGACGAGACGGAUCGGCGGCAAGAUUUUCUUUGGUCGACAUAUCGGCCUCUCUUCUUCAUCUUGUACUGGUGACGAUGAUGACGGUAGCGAAGGCCGGUCGAUCCGUGUUGGGGACGCUGUUAUCCCGUCGUAUGACUGA